AUGCCUUCUGCCUGGACUCCUGCCGCUGACCGCGACCUUUUGCUCGCCAUCAUCGACGAGAACAAGCUUCAGGGCCUGGAUUGGCACGUUAUCGCCGCAAAGAUGGCUACCAAGAGCUAUUCUUUCUCUCACGAGGGCUGCCGCCAACACUUUCAGAAGCUCCGCAAAGCCUCCAAUACUGGCGCCAACGGCAGCGUCCCAAGCACUCCCAGAACCCCCAAAACCCCCAAAACCCCCAAGACGCCUGCCUCGCGCAAGCCCAAGCAGUUGGACAACAUUGUCGAUGACGAGGAGGUAGAGGACUUCGCCACGCCGAGCAAGAAGAGAAAGCGUGACGUGAUUAGGGAGGACCAGGAGAAUGACAAUGUCAAGGAGAUCAAUGGCAUUGCGUUCGGUGGGCAGACUGCCGCGCAGUUCAAGAUGGAGUCGCUGAGUGGUGAGGAGGAGUUUGCGGAUCUGGAGGAAGAUCUUUACGCCUGA